AAGGCAUCAGAUGAGAUGGGAGGGGAGGAAAGGAGGCAAGAGGUAGGGAGAUAGGGGGGAGGCUGCAGAGACACCACACCUGCUUCCCCCCACCCCGCAAUGCUCCGGUCACCCCGGCGCCCCCUAGCGGCGUGCGCCUUGUGUGCGGGAUCGAUGUCAGUGGGCGCUCCUGUGCAUGUUGUGCUGUGCCCGUUACCGGAGCGUCUCCUCCGUAGAAGAUGGCGGAACUGUCUCCGGUGCUGCAGCCGCACAGGGUCGGGGGGAGCCGGCAUGGCUACACCGUGUUCCCCGGAGAGUGCGAGUCUGACGCCGAGCUGUCCCUGAGCCUUGCCCGGACCAAGACCCGCUCGUACGGCAGCACAGCCAGUGUGACCGCCCCCUGGGCAGAGAGGUUUAUCGAGCACCAGGUCAGCCCCUGCGACACCCUGCAGGGCAUCGCUCUCAAAUACGGGGUGACGAUGGAGCAGAUUAAGAGGGCAAACAAACUGUUUUCUACGGAUUGUAUUUUCUUGAGGAAGUCACUAAAUAUUCCAGUUGUUUCGGAGAAAACCUCUUUAUUUAAUGGACUUAGUUUAUUGGACUCGCCUGAAAAUGAAUUUCAAGAUGAUGGCAAUAAGCAGAGUGAGGAAGCUGCAUCUGCUCCAGUAAAUAAUGUCUCUUCAACUAGUUCUCCGGAAAUAAACCGACCCCUGGUGGGACAAGAUGAAGAGCUAUCUGCCAAAGACUUUCUUCAUAGACUGGACUUACAGAUAAAGAGGUCUACACAGGCAGCAAAAAGACUAAAAGAAGAAGAAUACCUCAGGCAAGAAGAGGAGAACUCCUAUGCAACUUCCUCCUAUCAGCAUUGAAGGAUAAUGAUAAGAUUGCUCUGUGACCUAUAAUAAAAUGGAAGCAAUUUGAAAACCCAGCAAACAGAAGAUCUAAGAGACUUCCUAUUCGUUCAACAAACUCAUAGCUGAUAUUUUAUUACUAUAAUUGCACUGAAAUUUAAAUUCUGUUUUAUUUACAACUGUUUAGUGUCCUUAUUAUUUUACAUUCACAAGCAAAUGCCAGCCUUUAAAUCAUAUACAUGGCAUUUUUUGUUUCAUUACAGACAUAUCUUGUAGUAGAUUAUCUGCAAGAUUCAUCCUAGUGUGUCUUGAGUUGCUGUAUUUAAAAAAGAAAUAAAAAAGGGACAAGUGAAUCCUUAAGACUGUUUCUGCCAUGUGACUGCUGAGCAGGCAGUGUUUAAUUUGUUAUAUGCUGUGAAUGUUUGUUUAUCGCUCAUUUUAAUUGCUGUUCAUUUAAUGACUUCAUUAUUUUUAUUUUAUUGUUACUUUUAAGUGUGCUGAGAGGAUACUGUUACAUUAGUGUGUGUGUAUAUAUGCUCACUUGAUUAAAAAUCCUAAAUUUA